UUCCAUGUUCCUUAAACUUGUAAGUACAUACAUAUAUGCAGUGCCAGAUCCUCCUCGUCCUCAAGAAAAAAAACACACUCACUCUCUCUGCACUUUCUCUCUCUACAUUUUCUCUCUCUAAAAAUGCAGUACAACAACCUCGGCCGGUCGGGACUCAAAGUGAGCCAACUCUCCUACGGCGCGUGGGUCACCUUCGGCACCCAGCUCGACGUCAGCAACCCCAAAUCGAUCCUCCAAUGCUGCCGAGACAACAGCGUGAACUUCUUCGACAACGCCGAGACCUACGCCAGCGGCCGGGCUGAGGGGAUCAUGGGCCAAGCCAUCCGGGAGCUUGGCUGGAAGCGGUCGGACGUGGUGGUCUCGACCAAGAUCUUCUGGGGCGGUGCUGGACCCAUCAACUCGGGCUUGUCUCGGAAGCACAUAAUCGAAGGCACAAAGGCCUCGCUGAAGAGGCUGGACAUGGAGUAUGUGGAUUUGAUAUAUUGCCACCGACCGGAUUUAGAGACGCCGAUGAAAGAGACGGUGAGGGCCAUGAAUUACGUGAUUGAUCAUGGGUGGGCUUUCUAUUGGGGGACCAGUGAGUGGUCGGCCCAGCAGAUUACAGAGGCGUGGGGGGUGGCCCAGAGAUUGGAUCUUAUUGGGCCCAUUGUGGAGCAACCCCACUACAAUUUGUUGCAUAGGCACAAGGUGGAGUCAGACUAUCUCCCCCUGUACAGUAAUUAUGGCAUAGGGCUUACCACAUGGAGUCCACUUGCAUGUGGAGUUCUGACUGGGAAAUAUAAUAAGGGAGACAUUCCACCUGAUAGUCGGUUUGCAUUACAAGGUUACAAGUUAGAGGAAAUGGCCGUGAAAGUGUAG